UGAUGGAGGAGCCUUACGCUACUGCAAUGACACAUGUGACGAUGCACGUAGUGCGGCACUUGGGUGGGCUUAUUUAGCUCAGCGUUGGUCGGCCAGCUUUCACGCCAGGGAUGUUGCUAUCGCUGCGGCUUCUGUGGGAUUUGUGCUUGUGAAGGUUGCAUUCCUGGACUCGGAGCUCGUAAACAUCACGCAGUUCUUUGUCACCCACGGGUUUCUCAGCACCUUCAACAGGAAACUCCUGCAGUCAUAGAAACGCUCGUGCGGCGGCUCUUCGGAAGUACAGAUGUAACUCAGACAUCAGGUUGACCUAUUGCAAGUCCUCCGACUUGGCAUGGCUGCGACGGGAUAACUGGCAAUGUCUCAACUCUGCAGAUCCUUAUCGGAAGGAGCGCUUGAUGCCUGAGUGUUUGUUAUCGGUCCUCUGACUUCAGGACCAUCAAGUAUGUCUGAGAGCAACGAUGCUCGUGAGGAUGUUCAGCGGAGCCUGGCGGCGGCUCCUCUUAGAAGUUCCUUGAGACCAAUUAAUGUGCCUCGGACCUCCAAUCUUGGGCCCGGCGCUGAUUCUCGGAUUCCUGACAAUAGUACACAAAAUCAGAAUGAGGCCCCAGGAUCAGAAUCCAACACGACGACGCGAGAUUUCAACAGCCCACUGAACUUAGAGCAUGCACCUCGCGAGACCGUGUCGUUUAAGGCUAGCAGGUUCAAGACGAACCCGCCGGAUUCAAGCGACUGUGCACCUCCGAGUGAACCGAAGGCCUUCGCUCGUUUACGUCAAUCCGAAGUCGGCAACCAAUCAGACUCUCCCAGAACCCCUAAUUCCGCAGCGUCUAAAGGCACUUAUGAUCUCUUCAAGACGCGAUCCAGGAAAUUUUCUGGUCCCCUGGAGAGAAUUGCGACGCCCCUCGACAGACAACUCACUCGGCUGAGAACACGACGACACCCUGCGGAGGAGGCUGGACCAGGCGCAGGAAGAUGCGAUUUCGUGGAUGUAGAAGCGCAAGAAGCUGCUGCGAAAGCGGCGCAGCGAGAAGAACUUCAAAAUCGAGCGCAGGAAGAGAAUGGCGGUGGAAUGGAGACAGCGUUGAGUGCGGGUCGUUACUUCGACGCUCUCACAGGGCCAGAGUUGGAGGAAGUGAAGGACAAAGAAAGCCUUCUUCUUCCCGAACACGAGUUGUGGCCAUUUCUGCUGCGAUUCCCCAUCGGAACCUUCGGAGUGGCGUUAGGUCUCGGGAGCCAAACCAUGCUAUGGAAGAACCUAGCAUUGGUGCCUCAGAUGACGUUUCUUCAGAUCCCCACGUGGAUCAAUUUGGUUUUGUGGUGUGUGGCGGUCCUCGCCUUGGUUGUUAUUCUCAUUUGCUACUUCCUGAAGAUACAGUUCUAUUUUGAAGCCGUUCGACGGGAAUACCAUCAUCCCGUCAGAGUGAAUUUCUUCUUCGCCCCUUGGAUCGCGUGCAUGUUUCUGGCCACCGGUGUGCCCCCUCAAAUUGCGACAACCAUCCAUCCGGCGGUGUGGUGCGUUUUCAUGUUCCCCGUUUUCUGCCUAGAGCUCAAAAUCUACGGGCAGUGGCUCUCCGGUGGCCAGCGGCGCCUCUCCAAAGUCGCGAACCCUUCGACCCAUCUUUCUGUCGUCGGAAAUUUUGUGGGUUCCAAUCUUGCAGCGAUUGUGGGAUGGAAGGAACCAGCGAUAUUCUUUUGGGCCGUGGGGUUGGCGCAUUAUAUUGUGCUCUUCGUCACCUUGUAUCAGCGACUGCCUACAAAUGAGACUUUGCCCACCGAUCUCCAUCCUGUUUUCUUCCUGUUCGUGGCUGCUCCCAGUGCGUCGAGUUUGGCGUGGAUGCGGAUCUCGGGUGAAUUCGACUACGUGUCCCGCAUUGUUUUCUUCAUCGCGUUGUUUCUCUAUACAUCCCUCAUUGUGCGCAUCAACUUCUUCCGCGGCUUCAAGUUUUCUAUCGCAUGGUGGGCGUACACGUUUCCAAUGACAGCGGCAGCCAUCGCUUCGAUCCAGUAUGCACAAGUGGCACCUUCGUGGAUAACUCGCAUUUUAGCAUUGGUGCUCUCGUUGAUAUCUUCCGCCAUGGUUUGCACCCUCUUCAUUUCAACCCUCCUCCAUAUGUUCUACUGGCGAUGCCUCUUCCCGAACGACUUAGCAAUCGCAAUCACUGCCCACAAACCCAAGACGUUCGUGCGCGUCAAGACUACCGGUGACGAUAAAGAUGACGGAUGUGGCUUGUACUCGCUUCAUCACUCGGAGCCAUUGUAUAAGAGCAUGCUGGAUGCGUACCACUCGUUUUUGGCAACUCGGGAGCGCAACGAGGCGAUGGUGUUGGAUCAAGGGCAGACUUCACCAACGCAUCAAGACUCAAGCACAUCAUCGAAUGGCUCCAUAAACGGCAACCUCAUCCGUCGUUCUCCCUCGCCGUAGUCUCUUUCUACGAUCAUCAAAACCAUUCUAUCUGUGCUCUCUAGGACUGUCAUACCGACUGGAUCAGAACCAACUUCUGAUUCUACCGCGAGAAGAAGCGGAUUCCACCAAGUGUACAGUAUACUUCGGCAACGCUCGCCUACAAGGAGAUUAUCACGCAACACUGUGACGUCGAAAACCGCCAUGCUUCAUUGCCAUUGUCUACAUUAGUGCUUUUGAUCGAGGAAGCUGAGAGCCCACCGCGUCAAUGCGGUGAGACACUGGGUCCAUCGCAAGUUGAAUUCUGGCAUCGCCAUGAGAACAUUUUUUUCUCCGCUUUCGGCAUUUCUCUUGCUAAUUUUGAUCAACAUAUUUUGUAUAUUAGGAUCUUUGCUGUGUUGGCCACAAGGGGUCAACAUAUUUUAACGAAGUGAGGCUCUGGUUUGUAUUCAUCUUCUAGCAAGUGUUGGCAUUAUGAGUUUCCAUUGUUGCUGUUUAGUAAGAUGCUUCGUUCUCUAAUUAGGCCAACUGCCUGGUGCCGUGUCAGUGUUGGUGAUUCGAUAAGACUGCACUUCUUAUUGAAGAAAACGCCUUUGUUUUUACUAAUAUUUAAAGAGCUGCUAAUUGUAGAAUAUUUUGGCUCAGAAUAAUGUAGACUCUACGUUAGACUUUUAAUGGUGGUAAACACAGAAUGAAUGUCUGGUUGUGGUUCCA